UUCAGAUGUUUAGAGUCUCUUUCUCCAUUUAUUUGUCUCCUGGAGUGUGCCUAAAGCGGUUGACACUUGGACACAUUCUCCUCCCUUUAACUGGGCGCAGCUGAUGUUACGCUUCUCUCUUGCUCAGCUGUCAUAUGAUCACUGGCUGCGGAGCUGCAGGCAUAAGGCAAGCUGAAGCUGAAUUGGGAGAGCAGCAGAAAGUGGAGAGCUGGAACCAGGGAAGAUGAGCAUGCUGGUGCUGAUUAAUAAGUUGCUGGACUGGUUUAAGUCCCUGUUCUGGAAGGAGGAGAUGGAGCUGACCCUGGUCGGGCUGCAGUACUCGGGCAAGACGACGUUUGUGAAUGUGAUCGCGUCUGGCCAGUUCACUGAAGAUAUGAUUCCAACUGUGGGUUUCAACAUGAGAAAACUAACAAAAGGAAAUGUCACCAUUAAGAUCUGGGAUAUUGGUGGACAGCCAAGAUUCCGAAGCAUGUGGGAGCGUUACUGCAGAGGAGUUAAUGCUAUUGUCUACAUGGUGGACGCUGCAGACUUUGAAAAGAUUGAAGCUUCAAAGAAUGAACUUCACAACUUAUUAGAUAAACCACAGUUGCAAGGAAUUCCAGUGUUAGUCUUGGGAAAUAAGAGAGACCUUCCUAAUGCCUUGGAUGAGAAACAGCUAAUUGAAAAAAUGAAUUUAUCUGCUAUCCAGGAUCGAGAAAUCUGUUGUUAUUCAGUGUCCUGCAAAGAGAAGGAUAACAUUGACAUCACACUACAGUGGCUUAUUCAGCACUCCAAAUCCAGGCACUGCUGAGGUUGGUCUCCUGCUGUAGAAGAUGGUGAACUGCUUGUCCAUCCUACGUACCUUGGAAGGAUAUAUGGAAGAACCUAACUCAGCUGGGCCUGAGUCUUUCAAUCCCAGUUCUUGUUAAUAUGGACUUCUAAGAUUUCUUCUUUGCGUUCCUUUGACUUCAGGUCAUUUUCUACGUUUAAAGAAAAUUGUGCCAUUCAACAGUAAUGCUGAGUAAUCAUAAAUUAUUUCUGUAAGCCUUGGGCACAGGGCUUCUUUAAUUAAGAGAUGCCUUUGGAAAAAAAAACACAGAUAAUGGCUAUGCCCUUUUUAAUAGGAUGAUAUCCUGAUUGUGUGUUUCUCAUUUUGCAUGCGAUGUAUUAAUAUAAAACAGUAUUUCAAUGUAUGAUUACUGAUCAAAAGGAACUGAGCCCUAUGUAUAACAGGAAUGGUUUGCUUGACCAGUGAAGACAUGCUCCUGCUAAAUUAUAAGUACAGUAGUUAUAUGGAUGCAGGAGCAGGGCAGCAACAUUUUGUUGAUUGAUAGGGAUGCUUUCAUCUUCCUAUUUUGACACCAUCAUGGAUUGCACUUUUAUACUAACAUCAAUAUAAUCUGUUAAAUUGUUUCCCAUCGACCUCAAUGGCUAUCUACAUCCGCAGGGUAGCAGGGAAAUUCAACCGACAUUACCUUCAUAGCUUAAUUGCUUUUUUAAAUUAUUUGCAUUCAUCAAGACAUAAACCAUCAAUAUAAUCUAAUGAUUUGAUGCUAACUUGAAAGAAGACUGCAAAUUGAUUUUAUUGUGUGGAAGUGGUGUGCACCAUUCCAAGUUUAAUCUUUCAUUUCAUGAAUCUCAAUGUGAGAACAGCACAAGGUAAGCCUACUAUCAAUGUUUUAGUAGACAUGGAAUAUCAGACACUGCUAAGUGGAGGUUAGUAGUAUCGGAAAUGUACCACAAUAAGAGCAAAUUUGAAAUGCAUCCAACAAUUGCUUGAAAGUGCAGUCUGAUGGUCACAAGCCUGUUCCAAAUUGGCACAUUACAUUGUGAGAAGCAGGCUUUAGUCCAGUUUUAUGUCCUAAUUGUCUUUCUAUAAUAGCACUUAAAAAGAUUGAAAUCAAGAUCUUUUGAAACCAGCUGUUUUCUUUUACAGUACCAGAGACUUUGCCAUCUACUUCACAUUUCAGUUCCUUUCUAUAUUUGUUCUAAGAAGAAGUUAAUUUGCAAACUCAUGAGCUGCAUGUCACAUCAUCUUAAUCUUUUUUUUAAAAAUGGUAUUAUGCAAAGAAGCAUGGGUACAUUGACACAAAAAUAAGACUUGUUGUCAGUGAGAAUGAAUUUGUGUUCAUCAGUACUAUAAGUGAAUUGUGUAAAUUCUAAACCUUGUUUCUAUCCAACCUAUCCUCUUGCUGUUAGACCCUUAAUGUAUUUUGAUGAUAUUAACUGAGGAAUAAGAAUUGGCCCAGUACAUAAGGAUAAUUUGCUCCACUUUUAUUUUCAAGUCUUCAUUUUAGAUUUCAUGUAUUUUACGUCCCAUAAUUAGCAAGACACUUCUUAAAAAAAAAUAAAGUUGCAGUUUAUUAUAAAGGAUAGAACCUCUCAGUGAAAAUUUUUACAAAACCUGUAGUGAUCAUUUAAAUAGUACCAGCCAAAAUUCACAAUAGGUUUUCAGUUAAAAGCCAGUUCCUAUGAUCCAAGCAGAAUCUUGGGGCUAGUGCCAUUUUAUAAGUUCCAGAGGAUGGAAUAUCUUCCACACUUCCUGUGAAAUUUAUUUUAUACAAUAGGUCAAUUACCUUUUUGUUUCUAUGGCAGUUAAGUAACAUUUGGUGAUGUAAUGACUUGGGCAUCACGAAGUUGCUCUUUUCCUGAAGCAACACCAAUUACAAUAGAACCUGAAAUUUAAACUUGACUACUACUUUAUGAUGUAACAUGUUCUUUAAAAUGAAUGUAUUUGUCAGACACUGGAUUUAUUACUCAUUAAUUAUGAACUUUGUCUGCAUGUUGCUUGAGCAGAAAAAAUACACAUCCCACAUUUUCUCUUUGUAUUAUUUAUGUGCAAUAUAUUUUAAAUUGCUUCUUCCAUGAGACAUGUACAUUAACUAUAUAAAGUGGAAAAAUGAGACAUAGCUCUAAAGCUUUGAUCUCUUGUUCAGUUUUUUAAAAAACUGGCAAUUGGUAAUUUGCAUUGCAGCUGUUGUGCUGUCAUAAUUGUAUUCAAUUUAGGAAUGUGGAUUUUAACAAUGUAUUGAAGCAGUUUUGGUCAAUAGAAUCAUAAGCAUUUAAUCCAGUCUACCAUAUUGGUGUGGUAGCUCACAUUGUUCUACUGUAUAGAAUGGAACAGAUACAGCAUAUGCCUUCUUUCAAAUUUACAAUCACUAAAGACUGGUCAGAAACUG